CUACCGUCAAAAUGCCCAUCACACUCAAGAAACCCAACCCAAACCCCAGCGGCACCUCAAAUGGUCCCUCACUCGACGUCCCCCAAAUAGUCCGCGACGUCAUCGCCGACAUCCGGCAAAACGGCGACAGAGCCGUGCGGGCAUACUCGGAAAAGUUCGACAAGUGGAGUCCCGAGAGCUUCAAGCUGUCCAGGGAGCAAAUCGACGAGAUUAUAAGCCAGGUCCCGGAACAGGUUAUCGAGGAUAUCAAGACUGUCCAGCAGAAUGUCCGGACAUUUGCGCUCGAGCAGCGAAAGUCGCUCACCGACUUUGAAUAUGAGAUUCAGCCGGGUGUGUUUCUGGGCCAGAAGAAUAUCCCUGUUGCCGCGGUUGGAGCAUACAUCCCCGGCGGCCGGUACCCCCUCCUCGCCUCAGCCCACAUGACAAUCGUAACGGCCAAAGCCGCCGGCGUCCCGCGCGUAAUCGCCUGCACACCACCCAUCAACGGUCAAAUCCCUCCCUCGACCGUCGCCGCAAUCCACAUGGCGGGCGCCGACGACAUCUACAUCCUCGGCGGCGUGCAAGCCAUUGCGGCCAUGGCGCUGGGGACAGAAACGAUCUCCAAAAUCGACUUUGUCGCGGGACCGGGGAACCCCUUCGUCGCGGAGGCGAAACGGCAGCUCUUUGGCGAGAUCGGAAUCGAUCUCCCCGCGGGCCCGACAGAGGUGCUUAUCGUUGCGGAUGGGAAAGCCGAUCCGUUUGUCGUUGCGACGGAUUUGCUUUCGCAGGCGGAGCAUGGGCCUGAUACGCCUGCUAUCCUGAUCACGGAUUCGAGGGAGGUUGGCGAGAAAUCGAUCAAGGAGGUAGAGAGGCUGCUUCCGAUUCUGCCGACGAGGGGGCUCGCGGGGGUUUCGUGGGAGCGGUUUGGCGAGGUGCAUGUUGUUGAGAAUCUCGACGAGGCGUAUAAAUUGGCGGACGAAUAUGCGAGCGAGCAUGUGCAGAUCCUGACAGAGAAUCCGAGGGAGGCGCUGGAGAAGAUGAGGAAUUAUGGGGCGAUCUUCUUGGGUGAGAAGACGUGUGUUUCGUAUGGGGACAAGUGCAUCGGCACCAACCAUGUUCUCCCAACCAAGGGAGCCGCUCGGUUCACAGGCGGUCUCUGGGUAGGAAAGUAUCUAAAGACCGUGACGUAUCAGGAGGUGACGAAUGCAAAGGCGAGUGGCGAACUGGGUCGUUUGUGUGGUCGUGCGGCGCGUGCAGAAGGGUUCGAGGGGCAUGCUCGGUCUGGAGACGUGAGGGCGAAGCAGUACCUGAGCGAUUCGUUCGAGUGGAUGGGACAGUAGUAGGGACUGGAAACCUGGAUAAAUGCCAAAUCAGUCGAGAUCUUGUCAGCAUAUCAUAAUGAACGGAGUCGAUGUUUGAGGUCUGAGUAUGUGCCAUCAAGCGAUCGGUGUCAUAAUCGUAGAAUCCAUC